AAAUGGCUAAAGAAAAAAAGUGAAGAACCCGCAUGCAUUUAAAAAGACAAACAUCAUAAUUAGCAAACGUAUUUAGAUACAGGGUGGGUUUCAGCAUACACAUUGAUUAGUCAGAUUAUCUAUUUUAUAUGUUCUUCUUGAUUGAUGGGAUUCCGCGCGUGCGUAUUGCUAGAUACAGACACAGCUCUGUGGGUGAAAUCGAAUUCACGGACUGUUUGAUGCAGUACUAAUAAGGGUGUAUUGUUGUCGUGGACUGUGUGACGAGUUUAUGUCCUACAGAAAUGGCCGGGAUUAAAGCUCUGAUCAGCCUGUCCUUUGGUGGGGCUAUUGGCCUCAUGUUCCUGAUGCUAGGAUGUGCUCUUCCAGUGUAUGAUAAAUACUGGCCCUUGUUCCUCCUCUUCUUCUACAUCCUCGCCCCAAUCCCUUACUGCAUCUCCCGGAGAAUUGUUGACGACACAGACUCGGCCAGCAAUGCCUGCAAAGAGCUGGCUUUAUUUCUCACAACGGGCAUAGUGGUUUCAGCCUUCGGCCUGCCCAUCAUUUUCGCAAGAGCUGAUGUUAUUGCCUGGGGAGCAUGUGCGCUUGUGUUAACAGGCAAUGUAGUCAUCUUCGCAACCAUUCUGGGAUUCUUUUUGGUGUUCGGCACAAACGACGACUUUAGUUGGCAGCAGUGGUAAAAUUGGGGUGUGGUGGGGCUAAGUCAGAAUUGUUUAUUACUAGCAUUGUUAUUAUUAUUGUUAUGAUUGUAAUUAUUGUUUGUUGUUAUUUAUAUGACUGCCCGUCCAUAGACACACGAAACCAGUGCAAUAAUCUGUUUUAACUGUCAUGCGGAAUGUCAGACUGACUUCAGGUGGAUGUGCUGACUUUCAUUUUGACUUUUAUUUUUGGCUCCAUGUUUGUGAGUCUUCUCCCUUCAUGUACUGUACAGGCUUAUUUUUUGAGAGUUGCGAUAAAAUAUUGUUGAGAUCAUAAAUGCCCAUCUAAUCUGUGCAAAUGCAAAAAUGUCCACCUGGACUCAGAUUGACCUAUGGAAGGGGUCUUUGGCUAUUGGUUUGGGAUUUUUUUCCAUUGUCUGAAGGUUGGAAGCUUUUUUCCUGUGACAAAGAUAUCUUACUGAUAAAAGAUAUGUAACUUUGGGAGUGAGGGUAUACAGUAGCAUGCUGGUCAGUUUCGAGGGGAUAGUCUCCCCUUCCAAGUGCUGACAUGAAGCUGAAGCACUGGAUAUUUUGCAUGGAGUAAAGGUUGUUUUUGAAGAGCACAUUGAAAGCUGAACGCCUGUGAGUUUCUCUCAGCUUGAAACCAUUCAAUAUGAAGGUAGAUACAGCAUAUAUUGAUAAAAUGCAUUAUCCAAUGCACUGUCCCCCAUUGCAGUGAUCAAAUUCGAAUGACUCGCCUAUUCACCGACAUUAAUUUGAUACAGGCCUCUUGUGUUUGGUAGUUUAGCGUAGCGUAGCAUAUUCUGCCCCUUUUGAAAAUAGUCUAGAAGUCAUUGUAACCCUGUGUCAUCUUUUCUCUUUAGAAUAGAGUCAUCAAAAACCUUGGUCAGACAGCCCAGGAUUAAGGCUAGCCGGCGUGAAAUGUGGCCAACUUAAGAUCUAGGCUACUUAUAACCCGGGUCACUAAUACCGCUAGCCCUAGAUUUACCAGGUAUCCAAGAGACCAAUUGGUUUCUAUACCAGUAAUUGGAAACCAAGGCUGCACUGUAGUUAUAUUUCACAGAUAAAUGUGGAUGAACCCUAGUUUUUACCAAGGCAUAUCAUGUUUUGUUCUAUAUUUAGUACAUCUGCACUAAGAUGUUUUCCCGUCCUCUCCCUGAAGGAAAUCAAUUCGCCGUAUAGGUCUAAACUACUUUUAUUGUGGUCCUUGUAUACUUGCAUUGGGUGUGCUGAUACCAUACAUUCACUCAGUGUAGUUUGCCAUUAGUUAAAGGUCUCAGAGGACUGUGUCCUGAGCUGUGAAGCUUGCUGUUACAUUUAACUGAACUAGUUGUAGCUAAGCAAGGUAUUAAGCAUCUGUCACCCCGUGUGCACUGGCCUGUUUAGCUGGGUGGAAAGGUUGCGUGUUUAAGAUCUCUUUGUUUUUAUUUUGCAGAUGGAGCAGUUAUCUGUGAAAAGUGGUCUCUGGAAGAGGCAACAAACAAAAAAAGACUGAAAUCCAUCUAAAAAUAUUCCAGAAGUAAUCGGAAGCACUGAUUCAUCCGGUAUCUCUUUCUGUCUCACUCAGAUUGUGAGUAAGUUUGUCAACUUCUUAUUUCCAGUCUUCCAGAGACCACAACCUCCAUGAAGAUAGUGAUCAUAAUGAAAACCCUUUUGCACCUUUUUUGAGUUUAGUUGAACUUUUUAAAUAAUCAUUGUUACCUUGAUUAUCAAAGGUAAUGUUACAACAAAUGGCUUUUUGUGUUUUUGUUAUCCUUUUAUGUAAGUAAAGUUUAAACUUUCCAUACAUCAAAACAAAUGAUAAAAUAUACAUUUGUGCCUACAGCAAUGCACUGAUGGCAUAUCUACAGUUUUUGGACAUCCAGGGUAGGCUAUUCAUAGCAUUUUGAACCACAAUUUAAGCAUUAUAGACCGAGUAUUGCUUAGUGAAAGUUUGAGAAAUGUACAAAGAAUUUCAAUAUAAUUCUAUCAAACAAAUGAACACACACAAACUGCAUAAUCAGGUCAUUCUAGUCAUGGGAUGGGUUUGUCACUGAUCUCUUUUGUGAAAGAUAUGUUGUUUCACAGACCUGGAAGAAUAUUUUAUUUAUUGGUAUUAGAGGACGCUUUGUGUAGAUGUCCAAUUGCCACUUUCUAUCUACAACUGUUGUGUUCGAAGGCAGAGGUCAGCAUGGGGGUUUUCUUUUCUAAAUAAAAGCCUUUUUUGAACAUAC